AUGAAACGCAUUUGUUCUGAGGAUGCUUCAUAUGAUGCGUAUAGGGAUGACCUUACCUCCUGGUUUUUGAAGAGGGGUUAUAAGUUGGGACAUAUACUGCAUGCUAAGAACACUGUGGACUCCAUGCAUAGGGAUUCCCUUCUAGAAUAUAAGGUUAAGCCUCAAGAGCAUGAGUCAGCUAUUCGUUUUGUGACUACUUAUGAUAAGGAUAAAGCUCCUCAAGAACCUGAAGUAAUUGUUCUGAAACCUUCACCUCAAAGCAUUAAAGAGAAUGAAAAUGCAGUUUUAUUUUGCCUGGCACAGAACUUCUUUCCUGGUGUCAUUCGAGUGAAUUGGAAGAAAGGAGACACAGAUGUGAGUGAGCAUGUUACAACAGAAGAGGUUGUGGAUGAUGCAGGGACAUAUUCUGUAAGCAGCUGGUUACGUGUUUCCAAGGAUAAUAAAGAAGAAUACACCUGUUAUAUAGAACACCAAACGAAAAAUAAACCUGCAGUUCUCGCUGAUGCUCCAGUAAGACCUACUGCUACAGUAUCAACAUGUGUACCCCAGGAAAGGAAUGACACCAUAUUAGAACCAGAUCAGCGAUCCAGCACUUUCCAAGUGGCUACGUUAACCUAUGUGCUCUUGCUGCUGAAAAGUCUCAUGUAUAGCAUGAUUGUCUCCUACUUCGUCUACAACUUAACACUGGCACCAGCAUCGCCCAGGAAGAAAAUGGUUAAAUAAGUCUGCUGACAGCCGUGUAAAUGCUUCUGUCUUCCUUCAUUUGCUUUUGAUGGAAAGCUCAGAUUAAUAGCAUCAAUUUGUUUUAGAAUAAUUGUAUUUCUUAUUUUUAAAAUGUGUGUAAUUUUUUGUACAACUGCUCUUUCAAUAUGUUUAUUUGUGUUUGCACAUAUCUAUGUAUUUGAAAGUAAUAUACAUUUAUAAUUAUUUUCAAAUGUUGAUUUAAGUGUAUGUAUACAAUUUUCUAGUUUUCACUUAUGUUUAAUGUUGAAGACUGUAUAUUUUCCUUUAAAUUUCUUCUUUGCAGGUGGCAAGCCCUUCACACACUCCUGAACUUAUAAAUACCAACUCUGAGAUGACUGUUUCUCAUAGAAAAGGAAAUAUUUUGUGAAAUUGCAAUCUUGGACAUAAUAUAUCCAUGGCCAGAUUUUCAGUCAUUCUUUCAUCACGUUUUGGGACUCUGCAGUCCAAGUCAACAUUCUAAAUUGUUACCAAUUAUAUAUACAAGAAGUUUGCACAUCAGCUUUAGACUGUUGGGGCAUUGCUUAUUUUGUUAGCCUUAUGCUACCAUUUAGGAAAUGCAGUGGCUUGAGGGAGAAAUUGUAAAUGUAUAUAAAAUGUAACAAAUUAACUUUUGGGAACUAGAGUAGUCAUUGUUAUCACAUUCUGAGUUUUGUACAGAGAUUAGUCACAUCCUUACACACAUAUUAUUCAUGUAAUGAAUGUUUCUUGCACUGUGAAAGCCCCAAUAAUGCUGUUAAAAUCAUCCAUUUGGCAUGCAUAAAAAUGGUACUUACAUCUGAGUAGAAGAGGUAUUUGGUUGUGAACACACUUGUAAAUAAGACAUAUUAACUGCUGGAAAAAACCCAUAUGGCCUGCCACCUGUUAGUAUGUGGAUGUAGUUGAUAAGAACAUGAACAACUGUAAGAACAUUUCCAGUGCUGCCAUUUUUCUAUCAGGAAACAGAUGUUUUUGUUAAUGUGCUAGUUUGUUAUGCCCUCCAAGGCUCAUACUUGCCUAUCACUUUAUACUGGACAUAUAUCAUGCCCUGAGCUUUUGUGGGACAGGUUCUACUGUUUCGCCUAUCAGCUUCCUUUUGUCAUUUGAAUAAACUGUAGGCUAAUAUGUACAGAUAUUACAUAUAAGUAGUUGCCCCCUCUGAAUUUUGUUUUGGAUAUAUUUAUGGCAGAUAUUGCAUCUUUUUCAUAAGCUACAAUGCGGUACAUAAAAUAGAUGUCAUUUAAUAUACAAGAGAUGCAUUGCCUUUUGUCCGUGCUCAGGUUUCCACCUAUAAGACUGAGGUACAAUAUUCAUUCAUUCAUUUAUUUCUUACGCCAAGUAAAAACUACCAAGGGAUAUAGAGAUGAUGACACAGGAACUAUCCCGACAUUUAGGGUGUGUAAGAUAGGACUAAUCCAUUGUGGAAAACCAGUCCAUUUCAGGACACACACACACACACACACACACACACACACACACACACACACACACACACACACACAC